CUGUUUAUUGUACACGUAGAAACCAUUUCCGAACAGAAUGUGGCAGCAUAUGCUUAUUUGGUUUCUGUAGUUGACUCUUUUCACCUGUAGGUUAUUUUUUGCACGAUAUUAUUGUCAAAUGUAUUUGAAGCCUAUCAUCUCGUUCUGAAAUACAUCCUCUACAGGACUUUUGUUAUGAAAGGGGGAUUUUUAUGUCUUUCCUCCAUUCGUUGACGUCACGCUCGUGAAAUUGACAGGCCACCUGGGGAAGAGUCGUGAUUUAAAGAGAUACGUCCGUCGCAUAAACUGGAGGUUGUGUUACCGCACAUGGCACAAAGAUUCACUGUCAAUACAUUCGGUUCCAGUUCCAGGUCCAUCGGUGGCGCGGACAACAUCUGCAAGAUAUUACGGGGGACGAGGGGUGAGACCACAAGAGAUCAAGCCCGAUGGGAUGGUGCUCACGUCAACAGAGCAGAGAGUAGAUGAUGUGAGACUGAUUCGAGAGCAGCACCCCAACAAGAUCCCAGUCAUCAUCGAGAGAUACAAGGGAGAGAAACAGCUGCCCAUCCUGGAUAAAACCAAGUUCCUGGUUCCUGACCAUGUCAAUAUGAGUGAGCUGAUCAAAAUCAUCAGGAGGCGCCUCCAGCUGAACUCCAACCAGGCCUUCUUCCUGCUGGUGAAUGGCCACAGCAUGGUCUCCGUGUCGGCAGCCAUCGCUGAGGUGUACGAUCGCGAGAAGGACGACGAUGGCUUCCUCUACAUGGUGUACGCCUCGCAGGAGACCUUUGGAACCAUAACCCCCCAGUAACAGCCUCCCACCUCCACACCAUAGCUCGGACAAUGAUAUCUCCUCCUCCCUCCUUGAUCCUUCGUUCCUAAAUACAGACCGAUCCCCCUUGCCUUCCCUCGAACCCUUGCUUAAAACCUUAGCCAAACAAUGGGAACCAGACUGACCUCUUCUCCCAUGCCCUUAAGGGCCCCUUAUAGAUAUUAAAAGCCAUGUCCUGCACCUUCUCAUACUCAUACUGCCCACUACCCAUUACUCAAAACCUCUCCCUGUACAUCCAUUACUCAACAUCUCUCCCCGUUCAUCCAUUACUCAAAACCUCUCCCCGUUCAUCCAUUACUCAACACCUCUCCCUGUUCAUCCAGCCAUGUGUUUAGGAAAAGAGAUUCAAUAGUUAUCUUUGGGUUGUUUGGUGUAUAAAAUGGAUUAGUAUAGCAGAGAUGAUUGCCAGUUCAGGUUGAGUUCGACUCAAACAAUUUACAGCUUAAAUCCCUGCUUGAGUCCAUCAUGGUUGAAUUCAGUUAUACAGAAAUCUCCAUAUUUUAUUUUCCACUUGUUGUGUUUGCUAAACUUGGAUGUAUUUUGGAUGAAGCUUCAAUCACAACAGCUGUUGAGGAAUUUUCUAACAGUUUAGUUAAAGCGUUGAAUCCAGUUUGACAGACGUGGAAGUAGUUUGUCCCAUAAGAACAUGUUUCAUCAAGUCUCCUAUAAUUGGUGAUUCAGGCCAAUAGUCUCAACUGCUGUGACAAAAUGAGUGGUUCUUUUUUCUUUAGUCUUUCCUUUAGCAACUUGGUUGAAUAUUCUAGGCCAACUAUAGGCUUCAUUGUAUUAACACAAGUUUUUAAGGCUAACAUGUUAAUGUGCGUUCAGUUUAGCAGUUCCCCUCCCCUUGUGUUGUUCUGUUGAGCUACUUGAUAAGGGUUGUGGGUUCAGAUAUGAAUUUACUUUGCACCUUUCAAAAAAUUCAAUAAAAAUGAAGGUCCUUUCAAAAAAUUCAAUAAAAAUGAAGGUCCUUUCAAAAAAUUCAAUAAAAAUGAAGGUCCUUUCAAAAAAAAAAAAAUCUUCCCGCCCUUUGUUGUAAACGUCUCCACGUAGAAGAGAUGUUAGGGACUCCUGGUUAAAAAGGAAAGAAAUGCUACCGAAAACCUGCUAUGAUGAUUGUUAUAAGAAAUUUGCCUCCAUGUACAGCAUGAUGAUCGACUUGCACGUGUGUGAAAGGGUCACUGAUGUGGGAUAAUGCUGAUGUCAGAAGUAGUAGGGUGUGGGGUUGGUGGCUGUUUUGGACUGGGCGGGCAUCACGGCCGGGUCUGUCCACCAACCAACUGUCCAUCCGUCCCCCUCCUCGACCUGCCCUAGGGCUCUGAACAGUACUCAUCCCAGGGUGGCAUCACGCUUUUAGAAUAUUCAAUUUGUUUAAUAGAGGGUUAUUUAUGCCUUUUAUAAUGUGUGCUGACUGUUGUGCUUUUCCUUCUCGCGGUCCUCUCAACUGUUGGAACUGUUUAAAUGUUAGAUGCCUUUUUAAUCUUCAUUUUUGGCAGAUAAUCUUUGUUUUUGUUUAAUGUGAUGUUACUUCCUUGUACAAAUGUCCAUAUGCUAUAUAUGUGUGUGUAAUGAAUACGAAUGAUUCUAUGAUCAGUUUGAUUGAGGGUUUAAUAACAGAGGAAUGAUACAGUUUUAUCAGCCCAAUGUUCCUCUGCAUGCUCUGCUGUUUGUCGCUCUCAUUCUUCAUAUUCACAGCAAUAUUACACAGCCUUUUAUUGUAUUUGUUGGUAUUUUAUGAAUAAAACAGACUAUGUAAAGGUA